UCUACUGGGGGACCAUGGCUGAAUACAAGCUACAGGUAACAACAGGGAACCUGGAAGAUGCAGGAACAGCGGACCGCAUAUACGUCACCUUAUUUGGGACAGAAGGGGACAGCGAGCGAACUGAGCUGGACAACGUGGGCAUCGACUUUAGAACUGGAACGACUGGGACCUACACCAUCAAAAGUAACUCGUCUCUGGGGAAACUUCUCCUGAUCAAGGUGGAAAAAGAUCCCUUGCUUACCCUCCCAGAAGAUGAGUGGUACUGCUCCAAAAUAGUGGCGACCACUCCAGAAAGAGAUGUCAUUCUGUUCCCCUGUUACAGAUGGAUCUCUAGGGGAGAACUGGUGGAGCUGAGAGGAGGGAAAGCUGUGAAGGUUUUUGAGGAGAACCAUCCCCUGCUGAUUAAGCACCGGGAAACGGAGCUUGCAUUUAAAAAGAGCUUGUACCAGUGGGAGAUCGUGGAUGAAAAAGUACCACACAAAAUUCAUUUCAAUCAUAUCUCUCAGCUGCCAGCAGAACUACGUUUCUCCAUGUCCAAAAAUGAGGAAGUAGAAUAUUCAAAAAGAACAAUUGGCCGUGAGCUGUUCUUCAAGGGGCUGGUUGGAUCUACUGAACAAUGGGAAAACAUUGAAGCCAUAAAAACAGUCUUCUCGUCCAAUAAGACUACAAUGUCAGAGUACGUUGCAGAUCACUGGCAGGAAGAUGAAUUUUUUGGAUACCAGUAUCUUAAUGCAACAAACCCCAAUGUGAUCAAGCGCUGCUUAGAACUUCCCAGAAACUUUCCAGUCAUGGAGGAGAUGGUGGAGCCAUUCCUGAAAAGGGGAAGCUCCCUGAAGAAGGAAAUGGAGAAAGGCAACAUAUUCAUCCGUGACCAGAAGAUAAUGGAUGGAAUACCCACUAGGAAGUUGAAGAAUGGUGAUCCUACGUACAUGACUGUUGGUUUCUGCUUGUUUUACAUGAAUCCAGAGAACAAACUGAUGCCAAUUGCAAUCCAGCUGAAUCAACAGCCUUCAGAUCAGAACCCCAUCUUUCUGCCCAGUGACCUGGAUACGGACUGGCUGCUAGCCAAGUUGUUUUUUAAAAGUUCAGAUGUGAUGGAAUAUGAGGCGGUCCAUCACCUCAUGAACACCCACUUUCUGGCUGAAGUCUUUGCUGUUGCUACUCUCCGCUGCUUCCCUGUGAUUCAUCCUCUCUACAAGCUGCUGAUCCCACACUUCCGUUACACUCUGCACAUCAACACUGUGGGCCGUGGAAGUCUUUUUGGACCUCAAGGACCUUUAAGUUUGAGUUCACUUGGGUAUGACGGACUGAUGGAGCUCAUGGGAAGGCACCUCUCUGAGAUGAGCUACAGCUCCCUCUGUCUGCCAGAAAACAUUACUGCACGAGGACUGGAGUCAGUCCCCAACUUCUACUACAGAGAUGAUGGACUGAAGCUGUGGGACAUCAUCAACAGGUUUGUGAAGAGCAUAGUGGAGUACUAUUAUCCCUCAGACAAUGAUGUGCGUCAAGACACCGAGCUGCAGGAAUGGAUCAGUGAGAUAUUCAAACAUUGCUUUUUGGGGAACAAACAAUCAGGGAUACCAGCGUCCUUUAACACAGUGAAGGAACUGAUCAAGUUUGUCACCGUGGUGAUCUUCACAGUGACAGCUCAACAUGCUGCUGUCAAUAACGGACAGUAUGACUUCCACUCAUGGACACCCAACGGUUCACUGCUGCUGCAUAAACCUCCUCCAACCACUAAGGGGCAGUCAACCAUGGAGACCAUUUCGGAGACUCUCCCAAAUGUUGGAGAGACAGUCACGUUCGUAACAAUGGUUUGGAUACUUGCAGACACCUACUCAGAUGUGGUUUACUUGGGUGCAUACGCUGAAGAACGAUUUGAUGAGCCUGCCCCAAAGCAGACGAUUGCGAAGUUCCAAGCCGAGCUGUCCCACCUGAGUGAAGCAAUUGCAGCAAGAAACGCAAAGCUGGGAAUGCCCUACACAUACCUGGACCCUACUCAGAUAGAGAACAGUGUCGCCAUUUAAGAAGGUCUGAUGGGAAAAAUAUUUCUCCAUCAGUCAACAAAAUCUCAAAUCUUAAACAUAAUCUCUUGUACCUGUGUUUAACUUUGAAUUUAGUUCAUGUAACAAGGAAGAUGGUGGAGACGGUGAAGGGUGAGGGGUUACUAGUUAGUUAUGGUUUGUGUAGCCACGUAGUAGAUCAUGUUACAGUAGUAUUCAUAUAAGAACAUAUAGUAUAUUUUGUGACCACUUCUUUACAACAGUGUGAUGCCGAGUGGAAAAAAAAAAAAUAUAUAUAUAUAGGUACUUUGGGGAUUCUGUUUCAUUUUACUUUUUCAAUGGUUUGAAUAGGUGGUGGAUGAUGAUGAUGUUUGAAGAACUGAAGGGCAAGCUUUUGGAGACCAAUUAAAUUGCAUAUUUUGCGAUUCAAAAUAAAAUACCAGUGAAAAAGUGA